GGCGCGCGUGAGAGCCACAUCAAACUGCAGUAGCUAGCCCUGUCGGCCUGUUUGGAAAGCUACGCUAACUUAUACCCAUUUCCCGCCAGUGACAGUUUGAGCGACGGGAAAAGAUGGCGAGGAGCUCUUAUAAUCACGUUCCUGCUUGUUUCUGCCGGCUCAUAUCUGUUUUUGUUUUUAUUUGUUGUGAAGUCUCGUCGAUAUGAUUCCCGAACAACCAUAUUUUCUCCAGAAGGACGCCUUUACCAGGUGGAGUACGCGAUGGAGGCCGUCGGUCACGCCGGAACAUGCCUGGGGAUUCUGGCCAACGACGGCGUGCUGCUGGCGGCGGAGAGACGCAACAUCCACAAGCUGCUGGACGAGGUCUUCUUCUCCGAGAAGAUCUACAAGCUCAAUGAGGACUUGGCCUGCAGCGUCGCUGGAAUCACGGCGGACGCCAACGAGCUGCGGCUGAUCGCACAGAGGUAUUUGUUGCAGUACCAGGAGCCAAUCCCCUGCGAGCAGCGGGUGACGGCGCUGUGUGACAUCAAACAAGCGUACACGCAGUUCGGAGGCAAGAGGCCGUUCGGCGUGUCUCUGCUCUACAUGGGCUGGGACCAGCACUACGGCUUCCAGCUGUACCAGAGUGACCCCAGUGGCAACUACGGAGGCUGGAAGGCGACCUGCAUCGGCAACAACAGCGCCGCGGCCGUGUCCAUGCUGAAGCAGGACUUCAAAGAGGGCGAGAUGAAGCUGGCGUUGGCCGUCAAAGUCCUCAACAAGACGAUGGACGUCAGUAAACUCUCGGCGGAGAAAGUGGAGAUCGCCACUCUGACACGAGAAGACGGGAAAACCCAAAUCAAGGUGCUGAAGCAGAAGGAGGUGGAGGAGCUCGUCAAGGAGCACGAGGCGGAGGAGGCCAAGACGGAGAAGCAGAAGAAGGAGAAGGAGCAGAGGGAGAAGGACAAAUGAGCAACAUCUCAAUUAGUUUCAUUUCCUCCUGUGUUUUGUCUUUUAUAUUAAAAGUUUGUAAACUGA